AAACAAAAAAAUAUCUUUUUACGCGAAAUAUUUUUUUAGCCGCCAUUAAAAGAUUUUUUAUGAUUUUUCUGUCUAAACUAGCGUAAUUCGUGUUAUCUGAUAUCAUUUAAUUUCCUAUUAAAUGUAUUUGGUGAUUAACACUAAGCACAAACUAAAAUUGAUUCAAUUUUUGUAAACAUUAACAAUACAAUAUAUAUUCUAAAUGAUUAUGGCAGAAAAUGGUAUGGAACGGGAAGUUCCCUCGCGAAAAGAAUCAAAUUGUGUAAGAUGUAGGAAUCACGGUUUAAAAAUACUUUUGCGCGGACACAAACAAUAUUGUCCUUAUGCUUCCUGUGCGUGUGAUAAAUGCCGAUUUACAGCAGAACAACAACGUCAGAUGCGACUUCAAAAUGCCAUAAGACGAGCGGAAGCAACUGAUAGAGGAAAUAAUGGUCAAAGAAGAUCUCGAAAUUCUGCACCUACAAUGGUCCAAACUCCCCAACAAACGCAACAGCAGCAAACACAGCAGAUAGUUGUCACUGUUCAAAAUAAUGCACAAGUCAAUGGAACUAGUGAUAAAAAACUACUUUUUGACUGCAGCUCAGAACUAUUGAAAAAGUUUCGAUAUCCUUGGGAAAUGAUGCCGAUUAUGUAUGCAUUAGCCAAAUAUGCUAACGGAAAUAUCGAUGAAGUGCUUCAAAAAAUAGACGAAGGGCAAUAUGCUGUAAACGAACAGUUGAGAUUGCAGACUCUUAACAUGUAUUUUGGGGCAGCUCAGACAAAUUCUGCUGUAGCAAAUGCUACAAGAGAGUGUGGAUAAAUAGAUUACAAAUAGUUGAAUUGGAUAGAAUCAAGAAAGAAUGAAAAAACAAUUCAAUAUACGCGCAUACAAGUCUUUCAAAAAAUGUCAUUAAUAAGUACAAUUUAAUUUUUAAAUAAUUUUCUAACUCUCAAGAGUUGGAUGUAAGAAAACAAAACGAGAAAAGGAAAUGAGUGUCACUUUAGAAAAUGAAAAUAUUCUAUAUAUUCACCUUUUAUCACUGACUUUAAAUAAGAUUAUUAUGAAAACAGACAAAAAUAUACAAAGAAACAAAUUUUCGUGUCAUAAAAAUCAUCCAAAUUACCACUAGUUAACUAUUAUCAUUAUUAAGAAUCAUAAAAAAUUCAAAAUCUGUCUUCGACUAAACAUUCACACGUGAAUACGGAGUGAUUAAAAUAAUUAGAAAUUCAGUGUUCAUUUUUCUCAUGAUUUUUACAAAAAGAAAUUAAUUAUGAUAUUUUUUUAAGUAAUAACAAUUUAUUUCUAUCAAUUUAUGAAGAAUUGAAAUUGUUAAACAAACGAUUUCUAUAAAAGAAUUAUUGCUGAUGGAAAAAUGAACAAAGAACAUCUAAAUUCAAGAGUCAACUCUUUAAUCUGAUUACAGUUGAUCAAUUUUUUUCUUUUCAUAAGGUUUUAAAGGAUAAUAUGCCAGAUUUACCUCUGAAUUCGUCACGCACUAUUUUUUGGAUUGUUUUUAAAAAUUAUAGGAAAAGCCAAAAAUCUACAAACCCCUAAAACUAUAGUUUAGUACUGAAAAAUCCUGAAAAAUGAUCUCAAAUAGAUCACAAUAAUUAAAGAGUUGACAUAAAUUGAGAUCUUAUAAUCAUUUAUUAAGUAAAAGUGAAAUCAGCCGUGGAGCUUUUUAAAUUAAAAGAGAAUUAAAAAUGUAGAACUCAGAGUCACCUAAAAGUGUCAUAAAUUUUUUAGCAAUGUAUAUGAUGCAAUAUAGUAUAGAUAAUCUUUUUUAAAAUCAUAAUAUGCUAAUUUUCCUUUUAUUCUAUCGUAUUAUUUUAAAUACAUAUUUUGAUUUGGUCGAAAUCAAGGAUUAAAGAUCCAACUCUUUCUAAGUAUACAUAAGAUGUAAUAAUAUAAACGAAAGAUUUAAUAAGAAUAUUAAAUUGAAUGAUACAAAUUCAUAUUCUUUUUUUUUAAAAAAAAUAUUUUUAUUCGCAAAAGUGUCUUCGAAUGAUAAUUAAAAACUACAUUUCAAUCUUUAUCAUACAAUUUUUUUUCUUGGAAAACUGCACAUAUAUGUUAUGAACUAGCAUAUGAUAUAAAUAAGUGAAAAAAGAUGAUCCUUUUUAAAAAAAAACUAUCUACAGGAAUAAUAUUAUGACAAAUUAUAUUUUCAUUUUUAUCUAUUUUAUUAGUAUCUAUUAAGAAUCUUGAAUUAUAAAUGCAUGAUGAUCUUUGCAAAACGAACAAAAAAAUAAUAAUUCAUUAAUACAUAAAUAAAAUCAUAAAACUCAUUAAUCUUUAUUUUUUUUUUGAACAAUGAGAAACAUAAUUAGAAUAAGGAAUUAAGAAAUAAUCUUCAAAUGUAAAAUCUAUCAAGAUAUUAGAAUAAACACAAUAAAUGAAAAAGUGAUUAAUUAUAGAAUUGUAUCUAUAAUUCUAAUCUAGCUUUUGCUUUGUGAUAAGAUUCGAUUAUUUUAUCGACUGACUGUAAUCGUGUAUUUAUGAAGUUUAAAUUUUGAGUUUGUCUAAUUUGUUGAAUUUUUAUUUUCAAUUUUCCUGUCGAAACUGUAGAAUUUCCAUAACGAUUAUGAGCUUUAGUUGGAUUAUGAUUAAUACUUCUAAUACCACCCAAAAAGAAUCUUUCAAGUAAAUCAGUAAGUAAACUUUCAUUAUGCAAGUAUCGAAAGCAUUCUAAAUCAAAUUCUGUAUUUCUAAGUUGAAAUUGUAAGGGAAUAUUUAGAGAAGCAAUUCCUUCAUGUUUUUCACGAUGCCAUAGAGAAUCUAUUGAUACAACAUUAAAUAUUAGGGCAAGCUUUUCAGAUUCCAUUGACAACAGAGAAACUUCAUCUUCAAUAUCAAUCACGAUAGAGGCACAAUAUCCAAAAUGCCAAAUACUUUGAUUCAUAAAACUAGAAUGUGUAGAUCCAUUAAGUACACCUUCAACCAACUUAAUGUUAUAUGGAAGUUUAAUUUCAUAUUGGACAUGGAUAUUAUCGUUUUCAAAAUUUUCAGCACUUACUAUUUCUAAAAGAAGCAAAAUACGAUGUUUAGGAAAAUUAAAAGAUUCCUGAUUUUUUUUAAUAUCUAUCAUUUUCUUCAUUAUGUCUCCUGUUUCUUUUACAAUCUCAUCUAAUUUUUGCUUUUGUUUUAAUUUUUUUGUUGCUUUAUUGCUUACUUUAGAUAUAUUUUCUAUGUAGUAUGUGUACAUUUGUUUGCUAUUUUGAUCUAUUUCCAGAUAGUAACAAUUCUCAUUAUCAUUAAAAUCUGGAUAAACUAUGAGCAAUCCAUCUGAUUUUCGAUAUUGAACUGUAAAAAGUAAAACUGCCGGUUCGAGAUCUGCCAUAAUGUGCAUUUUUAAAAAAUCCUUUUCAUAAUUAGCAAUAUUACCAUUGUUCAAUUUGGAAUCAAUAAAUAAACUAGAAGAUUUUUCACAGCUUUUAAUCUCAUCUGUAAUUUCUGCUGUAUUUUUUUUACUUUUCCUAAAACUCUGUAGUUCUAAAUACUCUCUUGGCAAAUAAGCAUCGUCAUUAAUAUACGUAAAUAUUAAUUGUUUUUCGUUGACAUUUGGAUUUUCUCUUAUUAAUGCAUGAUAUCGUUUCUCUAAUUCAGAUUUACAAUUUUCUUUUUGUUCAUAAUAUUUCACUUCUGUUUUACUGAAAAUUUUUUGCUGCCAAUCCAGUUCAAUGGUUUCGGCAAAAUCUGUAGACUGUUGAUCUACUGAUACUGAAGGAAUCGAUAGUAUCUUUUCAAAUUUUGGAAUUUGUAUAAUGGAGUAAAGUUUCUU